UAACCAGCACUGACAGGGUGGGCACGUGCUCAGGGUCUGAUUGGCUGCUGCGGUGCACACCUCCUGUCCACAUGGUGUUCUACUCGGUCUCGCCUGCUGCCGCAGUGGAGCUGCUGAUAUAUUGCAGGCACAACAGCCUUGGAAGCAGUUUGUGCUAUGUGGAGUAGAAUUACUUUCAGUUGGUCCCUGAGGCCUUCCCGGGCACAGUCCACCCUUGCCCACUUCAGAAGUAUUUUGGAGGGAGAGCUGGGUAGUAUCAAGGAGGCAGGGACCUGGAAGGGGGAAAGGAUCAUCACCUCUAAACAAGGACCCCACAUCACAGUGGAAGGAAAAACUACAGGAAUCUUAAAUUUUUGUGCCAAUAACUACCUUGGCCUGUCUAGCCACCCAGAUGUCAUUCGUGCUGGACAUAAGACACUGGAAGAAUUUGGGGCAGGAUUGAGCUCUGUAAGGUUUAUCUGUGGAACACAGAAUAUACACAAGAGUCUUGAGGAAAAGAUUGCACGGUUCCAUAAAAGAGAAGAUGCCAUCUUGUACAUUAGCUGUUUUGAUGCCAAUGCUGGAAUAUUUGAGGCAAUACUGACUCCUGAGGAUGCCGUGCUAUCGGAUGAACUGAACCAUGCCUCCAUCAUUGAUGGUAUUCGUCUUUGCAAAGCCAAUAAGUACCGUUACAAGCACAUGGAUUUAGAGGAUUUAGAGGCCAAGCUGAAAGAAGCACAGAAACACCGGUUGCGCCUCAUAGCGACAGAUGGCGUCUUCUCUAUGGAUGGAGAUAUUGCCCCUCUCCGUGAGAUUUGUGGCCUGGCAAAGCGCUACAAUGCCCUGGUGUUUGUAGAUGAAUGUCAUGCCACUGGCUUCAUGGGACCAAAUGGACGGGGCACAGAUGAGCUAGCGGGAGUCAUGGACCAGGUGACAAUUGUGAAUUCCACUCUUGGCAAAGCACUGGGUGGAGCUGCAGGUGGAUACACAACAGGCCCAAAGCCUUUGAUUGAUCUUCUGCGGCAACGCUCCCGACCAUACUUGUUCUCCAAUACUCUUCCACCAGCUGUGGUUGGCAGCGCCUCCAAAGCUCUAGACCUCUUGAUGGAAAGCAAUGAAAUUGCACAGUCUAUGGCUGCUAAGACAGCACGGUUCCGGAAAAAGAUGACUGCUGCAGGCUUCACCAUUGGCGGGAAUGAUCACCCAAUCUGUCCCGUGAUGCUUGGAGAUGCCCGUCUGGCUGCAACAAUGGCAGAGGAUAUGUUAGAGAGAGGUAUCUAUGUCAUUGGAUUUAGCUUCCCGGUGGUUCCUAAGGGCAAGGCUCGCAUACGUGUUCAGAUUUCUGCAGCUCAUAGUGAUGAGGACAUUGACCGCUGUGUGGAGGCGUUUACAGAAGUGGGCCGUAAACAUGGUGUGGUGCCAUGAGAUGGACGAAUGACCACAGAACAUGUUUCACCAUGGGAACACUGGUGCAAUAGUGGAGUAGGGUUGCUUAAGAGGUUGAAAUAACAUUGAACUAUGUGUAAGGACAAACAAUGAUUCUAAUAACCAAAUAUCUUCAUAAUACUGCAUACAGUUUGAGGUACAUUUUAUAGUAAACAUUUUUUGAUGCCGCACUUUACCUGAUGUGCUCCUGAAUAGUGCCUUUCGGUAGCACUGUUUGACUAUAGCAUGAGAAGGGGACUGCAAGAUGCACUUGGAGGAAAGACCGCGAUUUAGUAUCUUUAGACAUGGUCAAAAUCAUGGGGGGAAAAACUUUUAACUGGAAAAACCUCAUAAGCAUUCCGGAUAAUAGACCUGAAACGUAGCACUAGCAAUUAUGUGGUUGAUACUCCUUGUACUGUUAUUUCAUGACUCCUACAACUGUCAUCAAUAAAACAUGCUCUUUUUAUUACA